AUGGAAGAGGGGAUCCCAGCAGGGGCUGCAGUAGAUUGGUUCAAUAACUUGGGAAAUGGAAUGGUCGAAAGCUUCAAGAGGUUGACUGAGAUGUUUGUGGGGCAGUAUAUCAGUAAUAGUGUGAGGCAAAGAACUUCAGGAGAGCUGAUGGCAGUGGAACAACGGCGGUUUAACAAUGAAGCAAAUACAAUUCCAAAGUUACAGCAAGAGAUAGCAUUUAUGGCUUUGAUGAACGGCUUGAACGACUUUGAGUUUAAGCGUUAUCUUACAAGAAAAAAAUUGCCGACAUUGGCGGCGGCUUUUAACAAGGCUCAUGAUUACAUCAAGAGUGAAGAGUUAAUGAAGACAAGUAACAAAAAUGUGUCGGCUGGAAAGGGUCAGUAUCAUUUUGAAGGUGCAUCUUCAGGAAGUGGAAGGCCGAGAACUUCGACCCCAGGAAGGGGAGGGGGAAAUCGGCAGGAGGUUAGGAUUACUAAACCACCAAUGCGGUAUAGUACUUAUACGCCCUUGAAUACCCCUAGGGCGGAAAUCUAUUCGGUGAAUCAGAAUAGGGAAGGAUGGAUAAGGCCCAUCCCGAUGAAGGCGAGGCCGAGGGAUGUUAAGAAGUAUUGCAUGUUCCAUAUAGAUAUGGGUCAUUAUACUGAAGAGUGCACACAGUUGAAAGAUAACAUCGAAGAGUUGAUAAGGAAGGGGCACUUGACUCAAUAUCGGUUGAAUACAGGGGGAACUCAACCACCACCUUGGCAGAUAGAAAGACAGCAGCUAGAGGCUAGGCUAGAAAGACCACAAGGUGGAAUGGUCCGGCAAGGAGGUGGGGGAAUGCCACACACCCCUGUCAACAGGAAGAGGAGUGGACGUGAUAACAGGAGGAACGGUUCAUGGAGGAACAAUUAG